CCGCGCGCCGGCGGGGCGGCCGCUCCCGGCACAGCGCGCGGCGUCCCCUCAGCCGCCCCGGCCGCCCGGAGCUGUGGCUGCUCCUUCUUCCUUCCCCCUCCUCCUCCUUCCUCCUCCCCUUUGGGAGCCGGCGGCGGGCGAGGAGAAGCGAGUGCCGCGGCCGGCAUGUGAAGCGGGGCACCCCCUGGCCGCAGCUUGCCUCCGGUUCCUGCCCGGUUCUUCCUGGGGCUCCGCUCGCCAUGAAGAAGUUUUCUCGCAUGCCCAAGUCCGAGGGGAGCGGCGGCGGCGGCGGGACGGCGUGCAGUGGCUCCGGGAGCGGCGUGGCCCUGGGCAGGGCGCUGGCGGUGGGGCGGUACCAGGUGACCCCCGAGGAGCCGCUUGCCGAAGGUGGCUUCUCCACGGUGUUCCUGGUGCGCACGCCCAGCGGGACGCGCUGUGCACUGAAGAGGAUGUGUGUGAAUAAUGUGCCAGACCUCAACAUCUGCAAGAGGGAAAUCACCAUCAUGAAAGAGUUAUCUGGGCACAAGAACAUAGUGACUUAUUUGGAUUGUGCUGUAAACUCACUAAGUGAUAACGUGUGGGAGGUGCUCAUCCUCAUGGAGUACUGUCGAGCUGGGCAAGUUGUGAACCAGAUGAACCAGCGUCUGCAGACAGGCUUCACAGAGCCAGAAGUAAUGAGGAUAUUUUGUGACACCUGUGAAGCUGUUGCCCGGUUGCAUCAGUGCAAAACACCUAUAGUUCACCGGGAUCUCAAGGUGGAGAAUCUGUUGUUAAAUGAUAAUGGGAACUACGUUCUCUGUGACUUUGGCAGUGCCACUAACAAAUACCUGAACCCUCAAAAAGAUGGUGUUAAUAUGGUUGAAGAAGAAAUUAAAAAGUACACUACACUAUCAUACAGAGCUCCUGAGAUGAUCAAUCUGUAUGGAGGAAAACCCAUUACUACCAAGGCAGAUAUCUGGGCACUGGGCUGCUUGCUGUAUAAGCUGUGCUUCUUUUCCCUUCCCUUUGGAGAAAGUCAGGUGGCCAUUUGCGACGGGAGCUUCACCAUCCCAGACGGCUCGCGGUACUCGCACAGCGUGCACUGCUUGAUCAGAUAUAUGCUUGAACCAGAUCAAGAGAAGAGACCUGAUAUCUAUCAAGUAUCUUACUUUGCCUUUAAAAUUGCCAAAAAGGAGUGUCCAGUGUCUAAUAUAAAUAAUUCUCCUGUCCCCUCAAGUCUUCCUGAACCCAUGACAGCUAGUGAGGCAGCUGCUAGAAAAAGCCAAAUAAAAGCAAGAAUAACAGAUGCUGUUGGACCAACAGAAACCUCAAUUGCACCACGACAAAGACCAAAGGCCAACUCGAGCACUGCCCCUUCCAGUGUGCUGGCGAUCCAGAGCUCAGCAACUCCUGUCAAAGUGCAAGUUCCUGGGGAAUUUGCUAAUCGUGGGCAAAAAGGAACCACUCGACCAGGGAAUGGACAAGACAUCUCACAGUCCCAAGGGACCACCCCUCAGCAGCACAGGGUCCUCCAGCAGCUGCAGCAGGGAGACUGGAGAUUGCAGCAGCUGCACCACUUGCAGCACCAGCCCGCCAUGCAGGAUGCUUAUAUCCAGCAGUAUCACCAAGCAGUGCACCAGCAGAUGGUCCAGCAGCAGCUGUUGCUGCAAUCUGUGUACCAGCAGCAGCCUGCUCAGUCACAGUAUCCUGCCAUGGUGCAGCAGUACCAGCAGGCUCUCCUGCAGCAGCAGAUGCUUGCUCAGCAGCGGGCGCAGCAGGUGCAGUCCCCUGAGUACAUCACUUCUCCACAAGACUUUGCACCAGCCUUAAUCUCCUACCCCAGGUCGCUCCCAGUGCAUGGUGGAACAGUGGCGGAUCCUCCCUACCCUACAAACAGGUCAGGCAUUCCUGAUGCUGAAGCAAUCGCCAGUUACCCCAAGCAGAACAUCAGUAACCCACCUGACAUGUCAGGGUGGAACCCAUUUGGAGAGGACAAUUUUUCCAAGUUGACAGAGGAGGAGCUGCUGGACAGAGAGUUUGACCUGCUCAGAUCAAGUUCCCCUGGAAAACAAGUGGAUAACUCAGCCAGCAAUCAAGGAAAUAACUUAGGGACCCCAACAAAGGCUGGAAAACUGAGCCAUGCAUUUAGAGAUCCUCGGGCAGGGAGGAAAAGUGCAGAGGGACAAAAAGGUGGUGAGGAGUCAGAGAGUGAUUUUGAAUCAGAUCCUCCUUCUCCCAAGAGCAGUGAGGAAGAAGAAGAACAGGAGGAUGAAGAGGUCUUGCAUGGAGAGAAUGGGGACUUCAAUGAUGACAAUGAUACAGAACCAGAGAAUUUAGGCCACCGGCCUCUGCUCAUGGAUUCUGAGGAAGAGGUGGAAGAAGAGGAGGAAGAAAAGCAGAGCUCUGAUUCGGAUUGUGACCGAACCAAGCAAAAAUGUGUGGAAGGGCUCCUGGGCACUUGGUUCAGAGAUGGGGUGGGCAGCAGUGAAAUCACAGAGCCCACUUUGGUGCCAAUGUCCCCGCCUGAGGUACCGAGCACUCUGAUCAACUCUGGCCAAGAAUUUGAUGUGUUUGGAGCUGUGCCCUUUUUCACCCUGCAGCCUCAGGCAAGAGAGAAAGUGGACAAAGAUGUUUCUUCUCAGGUGGCUUUUCCCAGCCUAAGCCAAGAGCAGGAUGACUUUGAUGUUUUCAUAAAAGCUCCCUUCAGCAAAAAGGUGCCACAGCGAGAUGGGCAGGGGUCAGGGAUGGAGCCUCUGCUCUCCCCCAGCUCUCCGCGGAGUGUGGAUAUCUUUGGUUGUACCCCAUUUCAGCCAUCCCUCGUCCCCAAGUCUGCUGGGAGCAGACAGGACCUGUUUGGGCUGGUUCCGUUUGAGGAGAUCACAGGCAGCCAGCAGCAGCAGAAGGUGAAGCAGCAGCGCAACCUGCAGAAGCUGUCCUCCCGCCAGAGGCGCAUGAAGCAGGAGGUGCCCAAGAACAACGGCAAGCGCCACCACGGCACUCCCACCAGCACCAAGAAGGGGCUGAAGCCCAGCUACCGCACCCCGGAGCGCGCCCGCCGGCACAGGAAGGCCGGCCGCAGGGACUCGCAGAGCAGCAACGAGUUCCUGACCAUCUCGGACUCCAAGGAGAACAUCAGCGUGGCCCUGACCGACAGCAAGGAUCGAGCCAACCCGCUGCAGCCUGACGAGGCGCUGCUGGAUCCCUUUGGGGCCAAACCCUUCCACCCGCCGGAGCUGAUGCGCCAUGCCCAGCACCAGGGCUUUGGGGACAGCCGCGGGGACCACGGCGCGGUGGUGGUGGCUGGCAGGCCCAGGCAGAGCUCCUUGCACGGGGCCGUUCACGGCGGGGAUGGGCUGAAAACAGAUGACUUUGGUGCCGUGCCCUUCACAGAGCUGGUGGUGCAGAGCACACAGAGUCAGCCACAGCAGGCACUGGAGUUGGAUCCCUUUGGAGCAGCUCCGUUCCCUUCUAAACAGUAGAGGCUUGCAAUGGGUUCCCCCCACUAUAUCUGUCCAAGUCCCUUAGUAAAGGUUUAGUGGAGUCAUUUAUGUGGUUGAAAUGCUAGGGGCCUGGGUUGUAGAGCUUGUUCAGGGUGAGGAGGCAGUGGCCUGCUUGCAUGGUGAAUUGCAAAUAAUGGCUAAUUCUGAAUUGAAUCUUUUUGAGAAAGAGAAAAAAAAUCAGAAGUGUUGUUUCCUUAUGGCAGAUGGCUCCCAGAAUGUAAUGAGUAAUUGGAUAUGAAUCCCUGUCACUGACUUGGGGCCCUGGGACAUACUGUUGUUUGUGCACUUUGGUCUUGCCUUUCCAUCCCUGUGCCAUAUGCCCCAUUGGAGUGGAAGAGGCAGGGAGCACAUGCAAAAUGCUUCCUACAUGUACAGGAGGCUGAUGAACUGCGGUGCUUCUUUGUGUCUCUGCAGACCUAAGAACCAAGACAUACUGAUAUCCAGAUUAUGUGCUGGAAAUGGCCAAGUCUUUGCUUCCUAGGUGAAAACUACCUUUAUUAAUCAUAAAAAUAAAGCAGCCACAUCCUCAAGGGGUUGUGGCCCAGAAUUCCAGAGCAAAGCUAUGGCUUGGGAUCUUGCAGACAUCUAUGCAGCUGCAGAGAUGAAAGGCAGAUGUUUUUUUUAUGUGCCUAAAUGGUCAAUUUUGAUUUUUUUUUUUUAAUAGUAAGUGCCGUUAAUGUAAAGUAGCAAACUGGAAUUGUAGAGUCAAAACUAAAGAAGCAGGUGAUUGACUGAUGUGUGAGAAUGUGUGGGGGAGGGAGCCAGCAGGGACAUGGCUGGGAUUGCAGCACUUUGGGAGACUCCUCAGCACACUGGAAGAGAGGGGCUGUCCUUGGGCACGUGGAGUGCUUCAGAUGACUUGUGGAGUUGACUGUGAGGUACAACCAUUGGAUUGGUUUGAUUACACCUUGGGAUUUGUCUGUUUUCCUCUUGGAUUUUGACUGAAAAGAAAAUGUGUCCUCUCUGUUGGUUUUUUACCACAAUAGUUUUAUGAUAUGACUGUAACCUGAUGCUCUUUUAAGGAUCGCUAAAUGCACUGAGCUUUGUAGAUGCUUCCCGCCCUGGCUGUGUUCCAGCUGGAGCUGCUGGCUGCCAGACCACCAAGCUGCGUUUCACCCCUCGGAGCCUUUUGGGAGGGAGCCCUGUCCUGCUGCCCAGGAGCGCCAGGAGGCACCUUGGAUGAUGGCAGGAGGUGUGGCCACUGCCGAGCACAGUGUGUGCUUCCUGUGGUGCAGGAGGUGCUGGUGUGUGCAGAGACAGUCCCUUGGGACAGCCCAGCCUGGGUUCCAUGGCCAUCCUCAUGGGGACACAGAAGGAGGUGGCUCCUCGGCCUGUCCCACCUUUCUGUCCUGCUCCACUGGAGGCUGAGGAGUUUGUAGCUGGGUGUUUGCACAGGGGGGACAUCCCUGUUUGUGGCUGGGUGUCCUCACGUGCCCCCCUGUCACAGGUGAAGUGAAAUAUUCAGGGCUGUGAGCUUUUUUCCCCCCAAUGCCUCCUGCUGGAUAUUCAGGAGAUGAUGGGGGCACUUGGUCCCUUUCAAUAUUCACUGAAAACACAUUGAAAACAAAUCAUGAGACUUCUUUGGGAUCAGUUGGAUAAAAUGCCCCCUAGGAUAUAUGUGAGAUUGCUUCCCUUAGCUCUGGAAUCUGAAUGUAGCUCAUAGUGAUGGUGUACAGAUAGCUACCUUCACCUUCCUCAGUUUCACUUCUCACAGGGUCUAAGUGGGGUAUUCCAGCUGUGCCUACUUCAGUGUGCCUUUUCCAGGCUUAGGAGAUAAGCCCUUGGGAGAUUGAGUAGAAAUGUUUCAACACAGGACUUUCCAAGCUUUAUUACUGCUCUUCUCACCUGUUUGGUGCCAAAGGCUGCAAGAAGCACAUGCCAAUUUUUGUAGCAUUUCUGACACUCAGGUUAACAGUCUUUUUCCCUUUUUUUAAUCUCUGUGCAUGCUUAUGAGCUGCCCUUCUCAAUGUCUUUCAGAGCUGUUACCUGCCUGAAGAGCCCUUGGAACACAGCAAGAUGACAAAUGUGGCAGUGAGGUGGCUAGUCCUCACCAAAGCCAGGCUGUUGCUGUCUUCCCAGUGGGAAGGGUUAACAAUGCACAAGGCCCUGGAGCUUGGCUCCAGGGCCCAGGAGGAGAGGUGGGGGCUGUACAUGCAGGGAGGAGGCUGGGCACCAGCAGACCCUGUGUGGGCAGAAGCCAUCAGGUAAAUUACAGGUAGUAAAUGUGUUCAGUGCUGUUGGUUUACCCUGGGGCUGCAGGCUGAGGAGGGCUGCAGGGGUCUUGGGCAGAGGUCUCUGUGCACUUACACUGCAGCACAGCCAAGCUGGAGGGAGAGACAAGGCACAGGCAGCAAACUGCAGACCCCACUGACUCUAGAGCUGGCACAAGUUAUGGUCCAUGAUAUUUGCCUACUAAUGGCCUUAACAAACCUGCUUGAGACACCAAUCAGGUUUUUGAUUAAAUUACACUUUUUUUUUGCUUUAGAGUUAGUUAUUUUAUUCUUUCUCAUGGUCGAUGUGAGAUUGGUGCACCCUGCUAAGCUGACUUUUCCUGGUGUAUGUAGUUUAUACACAACUGAACCCAAGCUCGGGGUUGUUUUCAGCCACUAUCCAUUAUUUAAAGGAGGUGAAAUGUGUGACUGUCAGGGAAUGGGGUAUCCUUUGCCUUUUUUCAGUGUGUGUGGAGUGCAAUGUGACCUUAGUAGAAAUCAGGAAAGGCCUUUUUGCAGUAGUCAUGUACAUGCUGCCUGUGGUAGCAAAAGGGCAAGGUAAGGGGUUGACAGUUCCCUUCCCAGACAGAAAUCCCAAUGGGUUUUUACAGCUUCUCCCUCUGCAUGCUUAGGGACUGAAGCGCAGGCCUUGUAGGAUCAGCUGCUGGAGAGAGCGUCUGCCCCGAAGUGCUAAGAAGCACAACCUCUUUUAAGUGGUUGUGGUGAUGCAAGGAAAAACCAGGUAGUUGUGUUUGCCUGUGGACUCGAAGGGCCCUUAGGUGUGUAAUUAAUGCUGUGGUGGGGGGCUCUGUGAGCACCAGUGUUGGAGGGAAAAGCUUAUAAUCAUUCUGGGUGUCCCAGUUAGUAAAACCAAGUACUGUGAAAAUAAGUUGAUAUAUUUGCUACUGUGAGACAAAGAGUUUAUCUGGAGUUUUUUAUACUAUAUGGUGUAUUUUUAUAUAUCCAAGGAGUAUAUAUAAAAUAUACACAUGCUCGCACACAUCAUGUACCCCUUGGAGUUGCUGUAGUGUUGGUAACCCAGCAGCCACAAUUAUGUUUGUGACUUGAGUGAAUAUCAGUUAAGCACCAAGGGCGGCUGCUGUGCUACUGUUCCAUAGAGCUUAUUUUGAAAGGAAAUCAAGAAGAUGGUGUGUAUGGUAAAGUUGUGACUGAGGCAUCACCUACUAUUAAAGAGCAUAAAAACUAUUUUAAAAUUGCUGGCAUUCAGCUUUUAAGUGCACUUGCCUGAACUACACUUCCAUUUCUUGUUAGACUUGGAGUUUCUAAAGCUUUUUUGUGUACUACUAAAGCCAGAACUUUUAACUUUUUUUGUGAAGCUGAUGUAUAUCAUAAAACCCUUGGAGUUGUUAAAUAAAGGAACCUGGUAACAGUGCCUUUUCAGAUCUCUUCAACACUGCAUGGUGAAGUGUUUGUGU